UAUUGUGUAUUUAGUGUUCGUGCUGUGUGGAGGCAUUAAAAUCAAAUUUUCUGUUAUUCAUGCAGUUCGCUUCUUUGCUUUCUGUUGAGCGAACCGUACCAGCUUCUUACUCCCGAUCAGUUUGAACCUGACAAAGGAGUGUGUGAAUUCAGCACUGAAGAAAAAAAAUUGCAGAAGAGAAAAAAAGAUCAGAUUUAUUUAGUAUUUGAGGCAUACCUGAACUAGCCGAAAGUUUCCUUUGUGUGCGGGUUGAGUGUGUAUUGGUGUGUGCAGGAGAACGCUGUAAAAGGAAGAGAAAGAAUUAAAGUGCUCUGAACUAUACCAACGCCAGACAAAACCAGCGCCGCGAGGAGUGUGGGGGAGCAAAGGAGUUUUAAAAUACGAACGAACUUUAUUCUCCGUCAGCAACAGCAGCAGCUGUCAACUAAAUUUUUGUGGAUAUCAAAAAUUUAUAAUUGCGAGUUCCUGACGUUGGCUUACACAGUAAGCGGAAAAAAGAACCAUCGACUGAAUAUUUAAUUAAAAAUCCAUCCCAACCAGAACAAACGUAAAAAAAUUUACCGGCAGCCAUGGGUAAAGCACAGAGUAAGCGUUCGGUUGACAUAACUACAGACCCGGCAAAGGACGGAGUGGUCACAGAGGGUGCCGGCAAGUUGGAAAAAAUUGAAGACGUUGAUCAGCUCAAACCACAAGUCAAUGGCGAUGCACAACACACUGAGGGCGAAGCGGAGAAAAAGUCCGGAAGCGAGACCACCGAAAACGAGAAGGACACCAACACAGAGAAAGAAAUUAAAGAGGGCGCAGGCGAUGCGGUGGCGACGGUCGCUGCCAGCUCUCCGACCACAGACAAAGCCGCCGAAUCGUCCGAUUCGGAACCGGCCAACAAAACCCUCGAGAACGGCAGCAAUGACGAAACACUAAACGACAGCAAGGCAGCGGCGGAGGACAGCAAUAAAAAGCCGAAAAAGAUAAAAAAGAAAUGGUCCUUCCGAAGUAUCUCGUUCAGCCGGAAGGACAAGCCAAAGCCCACCAAGAAGGAGAAAGAGGGCGAGGAGAAGGUGAACGGCGACUGCGAGAAAGUUCCUGAAGAGCCAACUGAAGAUGCCGCCGCUGCUGCAGUGGCCGCCUCACCGGAAUCGACCACCGAGACGAAAACUGAAGCGGAAGUGGCCUCUGUGAAAGAAGAAACCGUCGAGGAACCCACCAUUGAAGCCGCCGUCGCCUCGCCUGCCCAAGAAACUGCUCCUCCUGCCAAGGCGGAGGCCACCACACCGGCCGCCGAAACAACCCCUGCCGAGCCUGCUCCUGCCGCCACCAAUGGCAAACCGGAAGAGAAGGAAGAGGAGAAACCAGCCGCCGCCGCCACUGCUGCUUCUGAACCGGAACCAGCUCCCGAAGCGCCAGAGAAGGAAGCCGAACCGUCACCACCGCCGGCGGCCGUCGUUGAAUCGGUUGUCGUAGUUGAGGUAAACAAAGCAAACGAAGAUCAGUCGGCUGCUGUGCCGUCAGCAGCGGAGGAGACUCCCGCUGUUGAAACUGAAGCUAAAUCCGAUACUAUUGUUGUUGAGCAAGAGAAACCAGUAACCCUAGAGAGUGACAAACCGGCCGUGGAGGCGGAACCGGCGACAGAGGCUGCUCAGGAAGUGGCUGAAAUCGUUGGUGUCCCCGCUUCCGCUGGUCCGGUUGUUGUCGAAAAUGGUGAUAGCACGCCUCCACCUCCUCUGCCCUCCAUUCCUCCUCCCUCCCAGGUGAUGGUAUUCGCAGAAGCUUCCAUGUCCCAGGGCCUUGCCGAGCCCGAACCCGAUUCCCUCAAUUCGAUCCCACAACCGUCUUCUCUGCCGGAAGGAGAGAUCAAGCAGGAACAAGUUGUUGUGGUAGAAGAACAAAAGACAGAAGAGCAGGUUGUUAGUCCAGUUGAGCCCGUUGUUGUACAGGACCAGCCAGCAGAAUCACAAAUCGCUGCUUCGGAAUCGCCAGCCCCGGUCGAGGAACCAGUUAUUGAAAAGGCGGAACAGAAACCAGUUGAAAGUAUUCCUGCCCCAGUGAGCGAAGGUGAAACUAAAUCUGACGAGAACAUAGAACAACCGGCCCAAUUUAAGGAACCAAUUGAAAAAGUUCCAUCCCCAGUUGAGGCAGUAGUUGUUGCCGCUGCCGUUACAGCCGAGGAAGCUAAACCAAGCGAUGUUGAAGAGAAAAAGCCAGUUGAGGCUAUAGUAGCUCAGGAAGUCGAACAGAAAGCAAUUGAGCAAGAACCAAUUGAAACUGCCCCCACUUCCUCGAACGCUGAACCAGAAACCAAAUCUGAUAUCGUAGAAGAGAAACCUACUGUUGCGGAGGAAACCAAGCCUGUUGAAGCCGCCUCGGUUCCAGUUGUGGCGGAGGAAGAGAAGCCAAGUGAAGCCGCCGUCGUUACAGUUCUGGAGAACGAAAAACCAACUGCUGCUGAUGAAGCCGCCGCUACCGUUGUCGAAGAAGCUAUCGAGAAGAAGACUGUAGAGUGCAUAGAAGCCAUCCCAAAUGCUCCAGUCGAGGUCGCGACCGAACUAAAAGAAGCAAUUUCCGAGGUGGUGGAUCAAAUUCUAGACAAGGCUGUCGACAAGGUAGAAAAUGAAACUGUGGCUAUCGCUGAAGAGCCAAAAAAGGUGGAGCCGGCACCCGAGGUGGUCCAAGCGCAACCGGUUGAGCCAAUCCCAGCUGAAAAAGAAGAACUUGUUACGGAAACAACUGUCCCGGAACCAAGCGUCACACCAGUCGUUACUGAAGAACUGAAAGUUGAGGCACAAGCACAAGAAAAUGUCACCGAACCCGAACCCAUUUCGGAGGCCGAUGAAAUUAGCAACACGAUCGAUGAUCUUCCACCACCACCGCCACCGCCAGCCACCGACGACGAACCGGUGCCAGACUCGCUUCCUUCGCCGCUGCCAACAAUCGCUGCUGCUGCCCCCGAAGAUGCAGCCGAUGAACAGAAUCUCUCGGUCGACAUUUCCUCUCCACUCCCACAGAAUUCUCUGGAUUCGCUUCCAUCACCGCCCACACUGUCCCAAAGCGACGCCAUGAGCUUACCUCCUCCGCCAGAAUCCCCCACCACCACACUGACCUCGAUAGAAACUACCGAACAGUGUCUUCCCGCUGCACCCGUUUCCGAAACAUCCGCUCUUCCCACUCCACCAGAGUCCGCCGCACCAGUCGCUGUCACCGAACAGGAGAAACUUCUGCUGGAUGAUGCACCAGCAUCAGUGGCGGUAGCAGAAGAUAAAUCGGUAGAGGUAGCAAAUGAGGAAACCGUAGCCAAAGUGACGGAAGUGAUCGUUCCCGAACAGACGGUGGAAGUUGAGGAAAUAACACUGUCGGCUGUGUCGGUGCAGGAUGUGUUGUCGGCGGUAGCAGGACUCAGCAAGAAAGAGGAACAGAUCGUUGAACAGAAAGAGCGAGAGGAAGUGUCGGCACCGGCUCAGCCCGCAGAUGCGACCGAGAUCGUCGUCAAAAAGCAGAACGGCACCGUCGAGAAUGGCAGCACUGAGAAUGGAACGACCGAAAACGGAGCGGUUGAGAACGGUCAGAACGGUGUGCACGAGACCUCCGCCACCGAGAGCUUGAACGGAGACGCAGAACACAAGAAGAAGGAGGAGAAAAUUCCAGAGAAGGCAGCUCAGCUUCAGCAGCAACCUCCGCCAGCAGCAGCUGAAGUAACAGCCGAAUAAAUCUAUUGAUUAUUAUUAUUAUUAUUAAUUAAUUAAUUAUAAUCGUAAUAUAAAUACUGAGGGAAAAACUACAAAUAAACAGGAAACAUUUUUUCGAGCUAUUCAAAAUACACACCGAACGCGCGCGCCAGCAUGAGAGACAAACAGAACGCGCGCAAGUCACACACACGAUGGCUUGUCCCAUAGAAAUUCCCAUUAUCUGAAUUUUCUGAGUGAGAAGAUAGAUAAGGAGGUGACAACAGAACAGAAACACAACAUCAUCCACACAACUACACACCACGAAUGCAUCAAGCUUCCCCGCGAAGAAGCAACAAGACAGGAGGAACUUUUUACAUAUUUUUAAAAUUUAAAGUUAUAUUAUAAUUAAUUUUAUAUAAAAAUAUUUAAAAGAACUCCAUUAACACUCUCAAAAAAUAUAUAUUAGAAGGGUUCGAUUGAUUUAGCGCGAGACGAAAAAAACGAAGGCAUGUGUGAGCGGUAAUAGGGGCGGACCAUCUCUGCAUCUGAGUGCAAUCCGUUACCGAUUGCCUUGAGUAAAGGACAGAUUUUUUUUUGCUAUGUUGUUAGGCAGAGGAGGCACCACACGUUUUUAAGUUUAGUAAAAAGUGAAGGAAAGUGAAUCUUGCUGCAAGCGCUAAGUUUACUGAUAAUUAUUACUGAAUGUCCAUAAACUACACAUUGUCCAUUUUUACGAAUUAAAAACGAGAGCAAAUAAAAGAUAUGAUUGAAAAUUAAAAUAAACGAAAAUCAUUUCCAUUAGGGAGAACAGGAAAGUUUGGGAUAUUAUUAAUGUGAAAGUAGCGGCAUAAGAGGAAGCAUGGGAAAGGCCAGACGAGGCAGACAGGAAAGCUUCUCUGGCGCUUUCCCAUCCUUCACUAUUAGUAGGGCGCAAAACCUAUAAAUGUGACUAUUUAUAGUUUAAUUGAUAAUUCAUAAAUUAUCCUAUAAAGCUAAAUUUUUUUCGAAGAAAAAAAUGUAAACGUAAAUGUAAGUUCUUUUCUUUUAUCUUUGUUGUAAAUUCUAUUUCAAAGAAAGGAAGGGUGAAAAAUUAAGGAGAAACAAUACUUUUUUUGCUGGUAGAGAAAGAGAAAGUUUCAUGAAUUUAUCCUCAACGAAUUCAAAAUCAAACCCAUACUUAACCCAAAAUUUCAUAGUGUAUGUCAUAAUACAAGAAGAAAAAGUCAACAAAAAAUAAUUGUAGAUUUUAAUAAAUUUACCAAUAGUAGCAAAACAACACAAAAACACACACACUCAUACCAAUCCCGACGCGGAGCGCAUCGAACAACCGUUUUUGAGGUACAAUUUUAAACGCCCACAAUUUCCAAGCAAACAAUUGCAGUUUUUAGCAUCGAUAACGCCACCUUAUUAUACACACGGAAACGAAACAAUUUUCUACCAAGUAUUUUACAUACACACACACGCGCGCGCAAAGACGAAAAACAAAACUAAAAAUCAAGAGCCCACGGAAUUCGCAACCCAAGAAGACUGCCUGAAAUUUGUCGCGUGAAACGUAGGGAAGAAAUCGUUUCGAGAAAUUAUACAACUUUUGUGCUGUAAAAAAUACCUCCGUCUCGGGAUCAAAUAAAAAACGAAAGCGAACGAUUACAAAUACUGUAUGAGAUGUGUAAUGUCGAUAUGUCAAUUUUAAAGUAAAUACAGAUAAACUAAUGCAUUCAAGUUGUACAGAGUUGGGGAUGCGCUCUUCUGAGAGAAAUUGAACCAAGCAGAAGAGGUGAGGCAGGUUAUGAAGGCAACUUUUAACCGUAACAACAAUGAUUCGCAUUUUACUGAUCAACAGAACAAACAAACAAAAAAACGCAGAAUAACAAACAGUGUGACCGUUGAUCAUCUAAUUAAAUUCAUCAUUCAAAACCACAAAAAUCAAAAUAAACGAAAUAAACUGGAAAAUUAGAAAAUUGAAA